CAUGCCAGUUGCUUCAGGAAGCCGUCAAGAUACAUAAUGUUAAACGGCGAGAACGAUGAUAUGUCCGCUGUCUAGUUCCUGCAAGUGUUCCAUCGACGGUCUUUAUGUUUUUCCUUUGGUUGUUGUUUGUUACAGUACAUUGGAAUAAAGUUUUGUCUUGGCAGAUACGGCCGAACGAACGCAAAACCUGGCGCAAUGGAUAGACGGCAAAAUGGCAUCCUAUAAAUAGCUUUGAUUCUUUGAACCAAGUCAACAGAAUAUUUCUAGCCUUGAUGAUAGUUUUGUUAGUUAUGUUUUAAUAACUGACAAAAUCUGGUGAAGAAACCAAACCAAAAUUUCAAUUGCCAUAGAUCUCACCAAAGAAUUAAUCCUAUAAAGAAAGCACCGCAAUUUCAGAGUUUCAGUUGCUAAAUCGAAGUUUCAAAUAUGUCUCAUCUUCCACACAUAAGUUUUCAUUUUCUGUACAGUUUUUCCAUGAUUGCUCUUUUGUUUCAGUUUCCAUCAUUCUCUUGUUCAUCUGUUGAAAUGAUGAAUUCUACAACAGAAUAUUUUCAGCCUUACACCGCCAUUUCAGAGUUUCGAAUGCUAAAUCGAAGAACUUUAUUCGAAUGUCCUGAUCCAAACCCAUUUCUACAAGUUAAUGUCAGUUCUUCAUCUCAGUCGGGACUUUCAAACGAAGAAAACAUAACUGUUACUGUUUCUGGUGUUUUAAUUCCUUUGGAUUCGGAUUGGUUGGCGAUGAUCUCACCAUCAAGUUCCGAUGUCUCUUCUUGUGCUUUAAGUGGAUUGUAUUACGAGCAGACGGGGGAUCUUAGUAAGCUGCCUCUUCUUUGCCAUUAUCCUGUCAAGGCUCAAUAUUUGAGCGCGGAUCCUUCUUAUCUUGGUUGCAAGACAAAAGAAUGCAAAAAGGAAGAUUCGGGUAAAUGUGUACUGCAUACUUGCAGUGGAUCAGUUAUGUUCCAUGUUGUUAAUAUAAGAACAGACAUCGAAUUUGUGUUUUUCGCUGGAGGCUUCGAGACACCGUGCAUUUUAAAAAGGUCAAGCCCUAUGAAAUUCGCUAAUCCAAAUUCUCCUUUGUAUGGUCAUCUCUCCAGCAUUGAUUCAUCCGGGACAUCGAUGAAAUUGACAUGGGUAAGUGGAGAUAAAGAACCUCAACAGGUUCAAUAUGGGGAUGGAAAUUCACAUGCAUCAGAUGCUAAUACGUUUACUCAAAAGGAAAUGUGUAAUUCACCAAUAAAAAGUCCAGCUAUUGAUUUUGGAUGGCAUGACCCUGGUUACAUUCAUUCAGCUGUGAUGACUGACCUUCAACCAUCAACCACCUACUCCUACAGAUAUGGCAGUGAUUCAGUAGGCUGGAGUAAUCAAACAAAAUUCAGGACUCCACCUGCAGGGGGUUCAGACGAACUUAAAUUCCUUGCCUUCGGGGAUAUGGGAAAGGCCCCUCUAGACGGGUCCAUUGAGCACUACAUUCAGCCUGGAUCUCUUUCUGUGGUGGAAGCCAUGGCGAAAGAAGUAGAAUCAGGCAAAGUGGACUCAGUCUUUCAUAUCGGAGACAUAAGCUAUGCCACUGGUUUUCUGGUAGAGUGGGAUUAUUUCCUUAGCCUGAUCCAGCCAGUUGCUUCUCACGUCACCUACAUGACAGCAAUUGGCAACCAUGAGAGAGAUUAUAUAAACUCCGGGUCAGUUUAUAUAACCCCGGAUUCUGGUGGAGAAUGUGGAGUUGCUUAUGAGUCUUAUUUUCCGAUGCCCACAUCUGCGAAAGACAAACCCUGGUACUCAAUCAACCAAGCCAGCAUUCACUUCACUGUUAUCUCAACAGAGCAUCCUUGGACUGAGAACUCUGAGCAGUACGAAUGGAUUGGAAAUGACUUAGCAUCUGUCGAUCGCUCAAAAACACCUUGGGUAAUUUUUACAGGGCACAGACCUAUGUAUUCAUCCUAUCCUGGCAAUGUGGAUGCCAGGUUUACUGAUGCGGUGGAGCCAUUACUACUUAAGAAUAAGGUGGAUCUUGCUUUGUGGGGUCAUGUGCAUAACUAUGAGAGAACCUGUGCUGUCUUUCAAAAAAAUUGUAAAGCCAUGCCUACAAAAGGUGCAGACGGGAUUGACACGUACGAUAAUACCAAUUAUACUGCUCCAGUCCAUGUAGUUAUUGGUACGGCAGGCUUCAAAUUGGACAAGUUUUCUGAGAACCAAAUUUACGAUGGUUGGAGUUUAUCAAGGCAUACUGAAUUCGGAUAUAUUAGAGGGCAUGCUACAAAGGAGGCGUUAAAAAUAGAGUUUGUCAUCUCAAACACAGGAACUGUUGGCGAUAGCUUUGUCAUCAACAACGGAAAGAAGCAACAGAGUAGCUGGAGUAAGAAGUUGCUUCCAGAUAAAAGCUUAAAGGAUAUUUUAGGUGAAAUAAAGUUGUAAUAUGUAGCGAAUUGUGAACACUUUAGGUGUAUGUGUUCAGGCAUAUGUAUAUGUAUGUACCUGGGACAGAGAGAGACCUCCCAUGGUUGUAGUUUGGAUCCUGUAGUAAUUAAUCUUACGGUACACUGGAAAAUCACAGAUGGAUUAUGGGAAUCAAUGUUCUUUGCUUUUUGCAA